UGUACCAGAUGCUGAAAUACUAUGAGAUAAAGAUUUUAGGUUUCAAUUGUAAAGAGAGAGAAGUGGAUAAAUCAGUGCUGCUUUCUUUAGGACCAAAGAUGCCUGGCUGGAGUAGAUAAAAAUAAGCCGAAGUCCAAAAAUUGGAUGGAAUGGAAGGAAUGGAUCAAAGGAAAUCAGGAGUUUUUGUGCAAUCGGAUAUGGGUCUUAUAGAUGAGAGUGGUCUAGAAAAGAAGCUCUGGCUUCAGAUUGUGUGACUGUGCUUUGCCGGCAUAUGCCUAACUGUAUCACGUAUUCUCCACUAUACAAAGUAUGGAGCAGUGGGAUCACUUUCACAAUCAACAGGAGGACACUGAUAGCUGCUCCGAAUCUGUGAAAUUUGAUGCUCGCUCAAUGACAGCUUUGCUUCCUCCAAAUCCUAAAAACAGCCCUUCCCUUCAAGAGAAACUGAAGUCCUUCAGAGCUGCACUGAUUGCCCUUUACCUCCUUGUGUUUGCAGUUCUCAUCCCUCUCAUUGGAAUAGUGGCAGCUCAACUCCUGAAGUGGGAAACGAAGAAUUGCUCAGUUGGUUCAACUAAUGCAAACGAUAUAACUCAAAGUCUCGCGGGAAAAGGAAAUGACAGUGAAGAGGAAAUGAGAUUUCAAGAAGUCUUUAUGGAACACAUGAGCAACAUGGAGAAGAGAAUCCAGCAUAUUUCAGACAUGGAAGCCAACCUCAUAGACACAGAGCAUUUCCAAAAUUUCAGCAUGACAACUGAUCAAAGAUUUAAUGACAUUCUUCUCCAGCUAAGUACUUUGUUUUCCUCGGUCCAGGGACACGGGAAUGCAAUAGAUGAAAUCUCCAAGUCCUUAAUGAGUUUGAAUACCACAUUGCUUGGUUUGCAGCUCAACCUAGAAAAUCUGAAUGGCAAAAUCCAAGAGAAUACCUUCAAACAAGAAGAGGAAAUCAGUAAAUUAGAGGAUCGUGUUUACAAUGUAUCAGCAGAAAUUAUGGCUAUGAAAGAAGAACAAGUGCAUUUGGAACAGGAAAUAAAAGGAGAAGUGAAAAUACUGAAUAACAUCACUAAUGAUCUCAGACUGAAAGAUUGGGAACAUUCUCAGACCUUGAGAAAUAUCACUUUAAUUCAAGGUCCUCCUGGACCCCCAGGUGAAAAAGGAGAUCAAGGUCCCACUGGAGAAAGUGGUCCACGAGGAUUUCCAGGUCCAAUAGGUCCUCCGGGUCUUAAAGGUGAUCGGGGAGCAAUUGGCUUUCCUGGAAGUCGAGGACUCCCAGGAUAUGCUGGAAGGCCAGGAAAUUCUGGACCAAAAGGCCAGAAAGGGGAAAAGGGGAGUGGAAACACAUUAACUCCAUUUAAGAAAGUUCGACUGGUCGGUGGGAGCGGCCCUCACGAGGGGAGAGUGGAGAUACUGCACAGCGGCCAGUGGGGUACAAUUUGUGAUGAUCGCUGGGAAGUGCGUGUUGGACAGGUCGUCUGUAGGAGUUUGGGAUACCCAGGUGUUCAAGCUGUGCACAAGGCAGCUCAUUUUGGACAAGGUACUGGUCCAAUAUGGCUGAAUGAAGUGUUUUGUUUUGGGAGAGAAUCAUCCAUUGAAGAAUGUAAAAUUCGGCAGUGGGGGACAAGAGCUUGUUCACAUUCUGAAGAUGCUGGAGUCACUUGCACUUUAUAAUGCAUCAUAUUUUCAUUCACAACUAUGAAAUCGCUGCUCAAAAUGAUUUUAUUACCUUGUUCCUGUAAAAUCCAUUUAAUCAAUAUUUAAGAGAUUAAGAAUAUUGCCCAAAUAAUAUUUUAAAUUACAGGAUUAAUAUAUUGAACACCUUCAUACUUACUAUUUUAUGUCUAUAUUUAAAUCAUUUUAACUUCUAUAGGUUUUGAAAUGGAAUUUUCUAAUAUAAUGACUUAUAUGUUGAAUUGAACAUAUUGAAGUUUAUAGCUUCCAGAUUACAAAGGCCAAGGGUAAUAGAAAUACAUACUAGUAAUUGGCUCCAAUUCAUAAUAUGUUCACCAGAAGAUUACAAUUUUUUGCUCGUCUUGUCUUUGUAAUCUAUUUAGUUGAUUUUAAUUACUUUCUGAAUAAUGGAAGGGAUCAGAAGAUACCUUUUGAGCCUAGAUUGCAACAUCUCCAAUCCACACAUAUUAUUUUAAAAGAAGAAUGUUAUCCAACUAUUAAGAUAUCUCAAUGUACAAUAACUUGUGUAUUAGAUAUCAAUGUUAAUGAUAUGUCUUGGCCAUGAUGGACUAGGGAGCUUAUUUUUCUUGUCAUGUACUGACAACUGUUUAAUUGAAUCAUGAAGUAAAUUGAAAGCAGGACAUAUGAGAAAACUGACCAUCAUUAUAUUUGUCCAGAUAAUUGGUGGAUCAAAAAUGCCACUUAACAGGAAGCUUAGUUUGUUAUGCGUUUUAAAUGGAAUAAUUAGCUUGUUACAAUUCUAGGACAUGGUGUUUAAAAUUUAAAUCUAUUUAAUCCAUUUUAACAAACAGAAUGCAAACAUCUUCAGUGCAGAAGGAAGACAGGUUUCAACUUUUUGGAGUCUUUUAUGAAGUCAGUCAACAUUUACAAGCGAGGGAUGGGGGCGUCUUUAAUCCUGAAGGGCCAAUAACUCUGAGCAUGCCCCAAAAAAUUAGCUUAGCAACCUUUUGUUGGCAGUCAACCCAUCCCCAGGGCCAUAGUGUAGAGUGUGAAAAGCUACGCUGAAACCCAGUACUUCCACCCUGAAAGGGACUCUGCAGAAAGACCGGUAGUUGAUAUUAAAGCCCAAAUGAAUUCAACCUCAGCCCUGAAAAUAACAGAAUUCUCAAGUUUCCUAUGACCAAUUCACAAAAAAAUUUAAGUGUAAACUAGUACUAUUAUGGAAUUACUGUGCUGUUCUUUCUUUAAUAGUGGCAAAUGAAAGCAUAAGCUUAAACACUUUUUCAUAUUCUGAAGUCUCACCACACAUAGUGACCAUGUGGUAGGUUCACAACCCUCCAACUUAAAAAGGCAAAAAUCUUACCUUGGAAUUGGAAUUACUGUAAACAGCCUACUGAAAAUGCAUUUUUAUCAUGUAAUAUUCUUUUACUUGUUUAACAUUGCUGAUUUUCUCUGGCAGCAUAAUUUUGUGGUUAAGAAAAUGAAUUCUGAAUGUACACUUUCUGUCUCAAACCCUGGCUGUACUUUCAGCUAGUUAAUAAUUCUUUGUGUUCAGUUCCACUACCUAGGUAUUUUCUUCAAAAGGUAAAUACAAUGGUUUCUGAAAGAAUCAUUUGCAUUAUCAGCCUGUUUGGGAUGUCUGAGAUCUGUGCCUCUGGGUUGUUAAUACUAUAUGCUGUAUGGUAUAUGUAUGCUGAUUUACCACUUAUGCAUAAGUGGUAUGCAUGGGAUGUCUGAGAUCAGUGCCUAUGGGUUGUUAAUAGUGUUAACUAUUAGUGUUAACUGUUAGUAUUAACUAUUAGUAUUAUUAACACUGAUAGUGUUAAUAAUACUAUUAACAACCCAUAGGCACUUGGGAUGUCUGAGAUCAGUGCCUAUGGGUUGUUAAUAGUAUUAACUAUUAGUGUUAACUAUUAGUAUUAACUAUUAGUUAAUACUAAUAGUUAAUUAGGCACUUGGGAUGUCUGAGAUCAGUGCUUAUGGGUUGUUAAUACUAUAUUGCUGUAUGGUAUAUGCAUGCUGAUUUACCACCUAUGCUUAGAUAUAUCUUUAAUAAGUAAUCUAAAAUCCUUUUUGUAUUUGAGAGAAUCUACUAAAUUCAGUCCAGUCAAGAAAAGAACCUAAUAGCGCCAAUACAAAUUGAGGACUUAAUUUACUUUGGAAUGUUGAAUUGCAUUUGCUCCAUUAAAAAAAACCCAGAAAUUUGCGAUUUGUUUUUUUUUUUGAAAAAAUAGCUCAACUGACUAGAAUGAAUGUAUUCUACUUGUUGAGCCAUCUAGCAUCACGUUAAAUGCAAAAUGUAUACUUAAAUAAAAGAAGAAAAAAGAAAGACCAAAGGGAUGUAGAAAAUGAAGAAUAACCAUUAAUAUCUAAGGGCCAAACAUAUUCCACCUAAAUUACCUAAAUAGUUUCAAAUAAAAACUUCCCAUUUUUUCAAAAUGUAUAGACCAUAGUGGUUUGUACUUAAGUAAAGUAUUACAUUAAUUUGUAAUGUGCCUAUUACAAAUAAUAUACAGUUGACCCUUGAACAAUGCAGAGGUUGGGAACACUGAUCCCUUCACAGUGAAAAAUCCAUAUAUAACUUUUGACUCCCCCAAAACUUAGCCAUUAAGAGCCCAUUGGUGACCAGAAUCCCUUACCAAUAACAAAAAUAGUCAAUUAACACAUUUUUGUAUUAGUAAUAAUGUCAAUUAACACAUUUUAUAUGCGUGAUAUACUGUAUUCUUAACAAUAAACUAGAGGAAAGAAAAUAUUAAGAAAAUCAUAAGGAAGAGAAAUAUAUUUACUAUUAAUCAAGUGGAAGUGAACCAUCAUAAAUGUCUUCAUUGUUGUUUUCAUAUUGAGUAGUCUGAGAAGGAGAAAGAGGGGGAGUUGGAUUUGCUGUCUCAGGAAUCGUAGAGGUGGAGGAUCCAUAUAUAAGUGGAACAGUGCACAGUUCAAACCCAUAUUGUUUAAGGGUUGACUAUAAUAAAAUUUGCU